AUGUCAUCAAUAUUCAUAUCGUUUUUCUUCGUAAAAACCCUAUCAGGGACUGAAAGAUCUAUCAAUGGCACCGCUCUCUAUAGAGCAUCGAGUAAUACUCAAGAUGAAUUCAGAGAAUUCAUCUUCAAAGCCUAUAUCGAAUCAGAAGAAAGUUUAAUUCAAGAAUUUGAAAAAGAGACAAUAGUUCUGAUGAUUGCGCAUAUAACUAAUUAUUAUUUUUAUUUCUUAUUUUACAUAAUAACAAAAAAAGGUCGCUCUGAUACAAGCAAUACCACACCCGUGGUAGCAGAUUCGUAUAUUUCUGAUAUAGAUGGUGGCAGAGAAAGUUUCAUGUUGUCAAAACGAUUGUAUAAUGGUGUCAAUAAUCACAAGAACAUCGAAUCAAAAGUGAUCGUGUCAUAUACCAAUGUGCAUGGUCGAUAUAAUUCAAUAAAAACUAACCUGAAAAAGACCAUAAUGUCAGUAGUGGGAAAGUUAAAGAUCGGUGGGAGUUCGAUGCAACACAUCAUAGCAUCAGAAAUUGAGUGGAAUUACGCUGGAAACAAUUCGCAAUCAUCAAAUGUUUCUGAUCAAAACAGUACAAAUAUGCAAGAACUUGAAAGCCUCGAAGCAAGAUAUCUCCAAAUGAAUGCAAGUCCCAAGAAAAAACGCAAGAUUAGCCGUUGCAGAGAUUGA